ACGGUUACAACCAUCUAUAAAUACAUGGCCCUUCAUCUCCCUACAUAUAUCACAACCAACUACUGUCUAUAAAGAACAAACCAUCCUCUCUUUCCUUAGCAAACCAUCCUCUCUUUCCUUGUAAACUCUAUCACUCGUUGGAAGUUUGGAACUUCUACACUUUCAGGAGUGUACAAAGGAGUUCAGUUGAAUAAAAUGGCACACUUCAAGUUCAUGGCACUUGCAUUGCUUGUUGCUUCAUGUGCUUUGUUGGUGGAGAGCCGAGCUGCUAGAAAGGACUUGGGUCUGGACUUGGGUGGUGGUCUUGGGGUUGGUGUGGGUGCAGGAGUGGGAAUUGGCUUAGGAGGUGGUGGUGCUUCCGGGUCUGGAUCCGGCUCUGGCUCUGGUUCUGGGUCAGGUUCUGGCUCUGGCUCUGGGUCAGGCUCUGGUGCAGGUUCGUCUGCUGGGUCAUAUGCCGGUUCUGGUGCUGGCUCAGGUUCCGGUCGUGGUCAAGGAUAUGGUGAAGGAUCCGGAUCCGGAUCCGGAUCUGGGCAUGGAUCCGAAUCUGGGCAUGGUGCCGGUUCAGGAUCUGGUUCCGGACAUGGCGAGGGCUAUGGUUCAGGGUCCGGCUCUGGGAGAGGUUCGGGGUCCGGAUCUGGUUAUGGUGAAGGUUCCGGAUACGGGGCUGGAUCCGGGUCUGGGGAUGGCGAGUAAUAAUUGCAAUGUUUGUGAAGCUGAUGAAAACUCACCAGUUUGUAUCUAAAUA